UAAAAUUUAAGGAGAAUUAAUUAAGAAAAGGAAAACAAAAAGGAAAAGUAAACUAAAAAAAGAGAGGGGGAGCGGAAAAAGAAGCAGCACUACAUUCAGACGAGACACAAUUCCCCAUACGUUCCCCCUUGACUCUCUCACUUUCUUUUUCACGCAUCAAUUUCUUUUCCCUCGUUCCCGUCGCGACCGUCGUCUUCCUCUCCAACCGCCGUUUUGAAAUAUUCGACGCCGUUCGAAUCUCUUAUUUUUCUUUUUUCUUCAGCUCCAUGCUUCUCUAAUUAUUCAAUUCGUGAGUUUUCUUCCCUUUUUUUCAAAAAAAGAAAAGAAAAUUAAUGUUAUUAUUUUUGUUUGUGUGGAUGAUAUUGUUGGGACGUUGAAAGCUUGAAAUCAGUUCUGAGAAUGGAGUAGAAAAUGAUAUCGUUUUCUCGCCCUUAUUUGAGCUUCUUUUAAUUUUUUUCCCUGGAUUUUCAAUAACUUGUGAGCGAUUUUUUUUUUAGUACGACAGUAAAUGUUCCGAACCAAUGAUUCUUUAUUUUUACUGUUUUGAGUUUAUGCCUUUUUCUUUGUGAAAAAAAUAAAAUAGAACUAUGCGUUCGAGUUGUGAACUUUGAGAAUUUAAUUCUGCAAAUAUUCGUUACUUAAAUGUUUUAGUUUACAUUAUUCUUAUUCUUGUUUCGGGGAAAGCCAGUUAGUGCUUAAUUAAGAAAUAUCCUCUUUUAUCAUCUAUGCGGUAUUUGCCUUGAGUUCGUAGCUUGAAUCGGUGUUGCAAAUUCGGAAUAAAUUCUCUUUUGGGUAUUUGUGUGACCAUGGGGUCCGCUUGUUGUGUUGCUGCAAGGGACAGAACCAUUGCAAACAGAACAGGAGGUGAGACUUCGCAUAGAAAUUUGAGGUGUUCACCAUCAUGGAGCUUCUGCCGAGAUAAUCGAAGGCGUGUAGCUGGUGAAAUUGAUGAGCCUUCUUAUCAGGUAUCUAAUGGAACUAGCCGAAAUGUUAGCAUGGAGAUAAAAGGGACAUUAGGCUCUGAUAGAGGUAAUUUUUCUGAUCAAGGAAGUCCUCUUGAGAUUGAGACCUAUGGAACACCCACCUCUCAAAAAUCACCAGUCCAUGAAGAAAUGGGUGGGAAUAUGAUGACCCCUCCUUCAGACAUAUCAAGAGGAAGCAAUUAUUCGGUUGAUAUAAAGAAUUUGGUAGAAUUGCCCGAUAUCAUUGAUUCAUCUACACCAAAGCUUUCAUUUUGCAUGCCUUCAUCUUUCUCACCACCAGUAACAGACACGUUCUCUAGCCAUGUUCAUUUGCUUCCUCCAAACUCAACCUCAUCACGACGGGCUCACCGUUCACCUGGGCAACGGCUAUUGAGGCAGGUUUCUGAUAGUCGAAUCCUAGGAUUGAAGUCGCCAAAUAAUUAUUCAAUGUCUGAAGCAAGGUCCUCUUUUGUCCUUUCCCGAUGUAGCAAUGACUUAACAGUUGGAUCUCAUGGUGGUUCUUCUGAUGGUUGGUCCAUGCGCACAUUUUCAGAGCUUGUGGCCUCUUCUCAAAGAGAAAGGUGGUCUUUUGACAGCGAACAUUUAGGUUCUGGUUAUGGCAAGAUAAGUGGAUGUAGCAGCAGAUUCUCAUACUCUCCUUCCAUAGAUGCACGAACUUGUGGUGCUUGCUCGAAGCUUUUAGCUGAGAGAUCCUCAUGGAGUAGCAAUGAGAUUUCAGUGGUUUCUGUGCUUGUCUGUGGACAUGUUUAUCAUGCUGAAUGCUUGGAGUUGAUGACACCGGAGGCUGACAGAUUUGACCCAGCCUGCCCAAUUUGUAUGGUUGGAGAAAAGCAGGUCUCAAAGAUGUGCAGAAAAGCUUUAAAAGCUGAAGCAGAGUUGAAAGCAAAACAUCUUAAGUUGUUAAAGAAUAGAGUUAUAGAUAAUUCUGUUGAUGGUAGUUGUAGUGAUAUUGAACACCUAGAAAACACCAAACGAGAAGGAAAAACUCCAAAGUUGGAACCCAGUUCAAGCCGGAGAAGCUCCUUGGCAAAGCCUUUCUUGAAACGCCACUUCUCAAUUGGGUCUAGGUGGGGUAGAUUGCUAUCAGAGAACGACUCUGCUAGGAAGAAGGGGUUUUGGGUAAGAUAUCGAAAAGAUUGAAUUCCCUCUUCUACUGGCAUCAGGUGAGGAGCCUGUCUGUUUCAUCAUGAAAGUUCAUUACUGUCAGUAAAUAUGUGUUUGUUCCCCUUACUUCAAAGGGUUUGUACGAGUCAGGCUUCCAAGGUUUAAUGCAACCUAGUCUCAGCUUAUUAAGUCAGAGGUUUUCCCUUUCCAAGCUAAUACCAUCAACAAGAUAGGCAGAAAAUUUCCGAUAACAACCCACCUUAUAACUCUAGCCCUUUUACUUCUGUUUGCCCAUUUGCUUUGGGGUGGGUAGGGCAUGAGUGUGAUGAACUUUGAGUUGGAUCAAAUUUAAACGCUUAGUUUUGGAAUUCAGUAGGAACCAAGAUAUCCGAUGGGGUGGGAGUUUGGGAGUUCAUAUUUCUCAAGAAAUGAAAGUUAUUUUUCUUGAUUUCCGGAUAGCAAGUAUGGUUGUUCUUUGUAGGUUUUACAUCCCAUUACGAAUGACUGAUACUGAGGAACUUAGACCUUCAGGCAUCUGUCCUCAAUGAAGCAUUGAAUUGAUUAGGAAAAGUGACUUACUAAGAACUUCACUGUGUUUUACCUUUUUAACUCUUCUUUGCUGUAAUUUAUGACACAGUAAAUUGUGCUCAUGUCGCGUGUUGUGUCUGUCGGGUGGAGUUUAUGGAGGGUGCGGGACCUUAAUGUCUUCAAAAGAGCACCGUUAGUUUCUCGAUUUUCAGAACCUAAGGUUCGCAUUGCUGCAUUCAGCAUUUGGUCAAUUAUGCUCUGUAAUUUGGAUUUAUAACUAGGAUAAAGAAGCUGCAUUACUGCAUUAGAAACUCGUUUCUCAGAAUUAACAAUUUAAUCGAUUUUAUUUUUACGUUCUUAAAUAAGAUGAAUGGUUAAAGAGUUGAGAACAAAA